AUGCAUGACCUCUUCGGCAGCGCGGUUGGAAAUAAGGCACAGAACGGGCAGUCCGGCGAUGGUUCGGAGUGGGAGACGGUGGAUUCACAAUACGCAGCAGCGCCGACCCCGCGGCUGACGCGCCCAGGCUUAUCCAGACUGCAAAGGGUGAAACUACAACGGGUCUUGCGACAGAUGUCUCUGCACAUGCGGCUCGCCUCCCGCCCACAGUGGCUGCCGCCGCAUCGGGUGCCUCAUCAAGACAGAUGGAGAGGUUCGUCACAGCGAGACCGCAGGCGAUGA